AUGGCCGUUGAGAGGCAAUCAUUUGAUGACGAAAGAGAUGCUUCACUACUGACGAUUUGUCGAGCACAAUUGGCGUCAACCCAAACGAAAUUGAAAGAUGAGAAAGGUAUUUCUCAGAGUCUGAAAGGAAAUCUGAACGAGUGUGAAGCCGAGAGGACGGUGUUACGAGGGGCGAAAAUUUCAUCAGAUAAAGAGCUUCGAGAGAUCUCAGCCAUCGAAUCGAAAUGUCCUUUUACAUGGAGAUAUUACAACGAAACGAACUCCUGCUAUUAUUAUCAAGGAUUCAGCAAAGAUGGUCAGGGAAAGAUGAUCACAUACGAUUGGGAGACAGCCGAAGCGAAUUGUGUGUUGAUGGGAGGGCAUCUGGUGUCGAUUCACUCGACGAAUGAGAAGAAUUUCGUGAAAAAACUGAUUGCCUUCAAUGUCAAAGGACUAAACCCGUCGGCCACCUCUCCAAAUCCUUGUGCUUAUUCGGAGUUCUAUGUUUGGAAUGGUCUUCGUAUCACGAAUGGAAAGAGAAAAUGGAUUGAUGGAACAAAUGAUGACUAUUAUAGCAAGAAUGAUGAUUACAAAGCAGCUCACGACUAUUUGAUGUGUAACGAUGAGGCGAACGAGAACAACUAUCACUAUUAUGGACCGAUUCGUUUAAAUGCGAGAUAUGUUUGCAAAAAGGCUGCAAUUAAC